CUGGCGGUCCUGGGCGCUCCCUGGGCUGCCUUGUCCAUCGCUGCGCUCCUGCGCCGCACUUCUAUUUAGUUACCAUAAGUUUUAAAAGCAAAAAAACUUAUUUUUAUUUUUUAAAGUUUAAUUUUUGUUUUUGUUUUUUUCUUUUCGCGCCGAAACUUUCGUGCCGCGGCAGGAGGCGAGAUGUGGAGGAAGGCGUUCCUGGCCGCCGUGUGCCUCUGCCUGCGUUGGGUGGCUGCUCUCGGCGCAGAAGGUGAAAACGAUUUUGAGGGCAUCGAGAGCAAGUUUUCUUUACGGACGCCUGCAGAGCCUGAUGAGGAUGUCUGCUAUCUUGUUCCUGGGCAGGUGAACAGCCUGGCACAGUGCAACUUCAAUCAUACCAGUAAAACCUUUGUGGUGAUCCAUGGGUGGACGGUGACAGGGAUGUAUGAAAGUUGGGUCCCGAAGCUGGUGGAUGCUCUGUACAAGAGGGAGCCUGACUCAAACGUCAUUGUGGUGGACUGGCUGGUUCGAGCUCAGCAGCACUAUCCAGUGUCUGCUGCAUACACCAGGCUGGUGGGAAAGGAUGUUGCUACAUUUAUUGACUGGUUGGAGGAGAAAUUCAAUUAUCCUCUCAACAAUCUCCACUUGCUGGGGUACAGCCUAGGUGCCCAUGCUGCUGGGAUUGCUGGGAACCUGACCAAAAAGAAGGUGAACAGAAUUACUGGGCUGGAUCCUGCUGGUCCUACCUUUGAGUAUGCGGAUGAACUGACCCGCCUCUCCCCGGAUGAUGCUGAGUUUGUGGAUGUCCUACACACUUACACCAGAGGCUCUCCAGACCGCAGCAUUGGGAUCCAGAAGCCUGUUGGACACAUUGAUAUUUAUCCCAAUGGUGGAGGUUUCCAGCCAGGUUGCAAUCUGGGAGAAGCACUGCGUCUGAUUGCUGAGAAAGGCUUUGGAGAUGUGGAUCAGCUGGUGAAAUGCUCCCAUGAACGAUCCAUCCACCUCUUCAUUGACUCUCUCCUCAAUGAAGAAAAGCCCAGCAUGGCCUAUCGCUGUAACACAAAGGAGGCCUUUGAGAAGGGCCUGUGCCUGAGCUGCCGCAAGAACCGCUGCAACAAUUUGGGUUACAAGGUCAACAGAGUGAGAACAAAGAGAAACACCAAAAUGUAUCUGAAAACCCGUGCUCAGAUGCCCUAUAAAGUCUUUCAUUACCAAGUCAAGAUCCAUUUCUUUGGAAAGACUAACAUGACCAAGACAAACCAGCCAUUCCGGAUCUCUCUCUAUGGCAAGCUAGAUGAAAGUGAGAACAUUGCUUUCACACUGCCUGAAGUCUCCUCAAACAAGACCUUCUCCUUCCUGAUUUACACAGAAGUAGAUAUUGGAGACCUGCUUAUGCUGAAGCUGCAGUGGGAAAAGGACACCUUCUUCAGCUGGUCAGACUGGUGGACUCCUUUUACGUUUGACAUCCAGAGAAUCAGAGUGAAGUCAGGAGAAACUCAGAAAAAAGUGGUGUUCUGUUCUCGAGAUGGCACCUCACGUCUCAGUAAAGGAGAAGAGGCAGCAAUAUUUGUGAAAUGCUCAGAGCAGCCCGUCAACAGGAAGAGAGGAGGUACCAAGAAAGCCUCAAAAGAAAAUUCUGCUCAUGAAUCUGCUUAAGUGUCAAGAACAAAGAUUUUUCACACUGGGGAGGAGAAGAGUCUGUUCAUCCCUGUGGACUGGAUGUUCAGAACCAAAUAUAUAGAAAUAUUUAUCCGCUGCUGGAUUUUUGCCUGCUAUUCCUAGCUAUUUUAGAGACUUCUUGUAAAAAAGUCUCAGCAUAUGAAGUUACUAACCAUAAAGAUACAUUAUCCAAAUAGUU